AUGAUUGAUGAAGACUUCCCAGAUUCCGCAUAUAUAGCUCAGGCCUUGUGCAUGAAAAAGGAUCUAGUCGAGGCCACUCUCCGAAUCAAGGGUAACACGCAGGGUCUACCGUCCAAAUUCCUAUUCGAGAACGCCAUUAUGUUUGCCAACAGUGGAAGUUGGGACGCAUUUUACGCCAGCUUUGCAUUACUCGUCUAUGGAUUGGUGUUAUUCCCGAAUGUUGAAGGCUUCGUCAACAAGGCUGCCAUCACCAUAUUCAUCUCUCAGAAUCUGGUCCCCACCUUACUAGCUGAUGUAUUCUUCUCCUUCCAUUGGAGAAAUAUUAAGAAAGGGGGAACCAUCAAUUGUUGUAUUCCUUUGCUGCAGAAAUGGAUUGUGUCCCAUCUCCCGAAGAAAGGGCCAUUUGUUGAUAAUGUGGGUGAUCUGAAAUGGUCACAAAGGUUAAUGUCAUUAGAUGCUAAGGACGUCGUCUGGUUUAUUCUCGAUUACUUGAGAGUGGAGCGAAUAUUCCGAUGUGGGGAGUUCCCAAACGUUCCUCUUGUCAGCACAAAAAGGGGUGUGAUCAACUAUAAUCCCGUCCUCACAUUACGUAAUUUGGGAUAUCCGCUCAAAGAGAAACUCGAUGAUCGUAUGUUGGAAGAGUUGCUUUUAGCCGAAAGGGUUGAGAGUCCAGAGAUGAUGAAUAAAGUGCGUAGAGCAUGGGGCAAAAUACAGCGAGUGGGAAAGAAAGAUCUAGGCAAGCAAUUAUGUACCGUGACUACCUCCUAUGCUGAUUGGGUGAAGCCAAUGGCCAAGAUGAUCAAACUGUCGUACCCGUGGGAACCUUCCAUGUGUAUCAAAACCCCCAAGCCACCUGCCGCCAUCACUUCUGAAGUGGAUCGCCUCAAGGAAAUCAUCAAGAAGUUGGAAAAAGAGAAUGUCGGUUUCCGUUCCAGCCUGAUAAAAGUCACCUUAGAAAAGAACACCCUGAAGGCCAUCCUCAGUCAGAAGAGGGAAAGGUUCAACAAAGCAGAUACUGAUAUCCAGAUUGAGCAAAACAAAAGGAGAAAGGUGGGAGAUGCUCUGAAAGGGUCUUUUGAGACCAUUGCGAACAAGAAGAAAGAGUUGGCCGAAGCCCAGAAUCGAGCCUGCAAGCGAGAGAUUGACUACCAAGGUCAAAUCAAAUCUCUACAAGACCUAUUGUAG